AUGAAGUCCAGCAUCGAUUUGUCCCGACACAUUUCGUUACAAAUAGGGGCUUUGAAACUGUACGGAAUAUGGUUCUACAUACCGUAUCAAAUGAAGAAUGUUCGAUUUUGGAUCUGCGUUUUGACGAGAAUCGUUUUAGGAAUUUGUGUGUUCGUCAUACCGACGGGCAGCCAAUCGGUUUAUGUGAUACGUUUGAUACUGUCGGGUGAUGCUGAAAUACAGGAGGUAGCUGGAAUCAUCAACCUAGUUCUGACAGAAUUACUGGUUUCCCUCCGACUUCUAGAUUUGAGCUUACGCAGAGAUCGGCUCUCGCAACUGUCAGAUCAACUGAACAGCACGGAGUUCCAAUUUCAAAUGACAGCUCAGAAAAAAAUAUUGGAAAAGGCUGUCAAGCUUUCCAGAGGUCUGUUUUGGUGGUUGAUUUUCAGUAGUCAUUCGGAUGUUCUUGUACACGUCGUCGUGGUACCGGCUUUACAUAAUUUCCAAACUUUACCUCUGAAGAUGGAUCUCAUUGUCCUUGAUGUUAAUAAGGAAUCUUAUUUUAAUUAUUUAUGCGCUUAUCAGAUACUAUACAAGCCAAUGAUGCUAACAACAUUCGUCGCAGUGCAAACGCUACCCUGGGCCGCGAUGUCUUGUGCAAUCAGCCAAUUGGACGUUUUAAUUUAUAACUUUGAAAAUAUAAAAUACCUCGUUAAAGCUAAUGCUGCUGAAAGGCAGUGCAAUCAAGAUGAAGCGUUUAAAGAAGUUUUCAAAAGAUGCGUUCUUCACCAUUGCGCUAUAACAAGAUUUGUGGACACCAUCCAAGCUACGUUUGGUGGACAGCUAUCAGCAACUCUUCUUUUGAGUACUGUUAUUUUGGGCACCACUGCUGUGCAAAUAUUCUCGAUCGAAUCUCCUCUGAAGAACUUGACAGAAGUAGGAUGGGUACUAGCAUAUUUAUCGAUUUUUAUUUGCAAUCUAUUUGUCGACUGUUAUUUUGGAAAUACUAUUACCACUAAAAGCUCAUACAUAUCGAAUGUAGUGUUUGCAUGUCCUUGGACUGAGCUGCCGACAUCUCUUAAGAGGAACUUGAUCAUCUUUAUAGCGAAGACCCAGAGAUCACUUGUCAUCACCGCUGCUAAGCUAGUACCUGUGUCUUUAGAGACAUUUACGAAGGUCAUGAACUGGACAUACAAAGGUUUUGCUGUCAUGAAUCAGAUGAAGAAUUAAGUCCCUACUGUUUCAACAAUGAGGUUCAUAUCAUAUGCUAGAUCAUAAUACACGCCCAUAAUAUUAAUGUCAUACUCACAACACUUUUUCGAAAUUAGUUUCUUAUAUGUAUAAGUAUGAAAAUAUUUUCGAGUACCUAGGUGUAAAUAGUUUUUGUUGCACUUUCACUGUUCAAAUAUUGUACGUAGGUAAUUGGCGAUUGGUUCUUUAAAGAGGUAAUCAGUUGAGCGUUGAGUGGGACGACGAAAGGCGGAGUUGACGAUGAAAAUAUUAUAUUUAAAGAAUUUUCUUAAGCAACAACGUUUAUUAAUAAGCACAAAAUUGUUAAAUUGCACCUCUUGCUUAAUAGCAAAAGUCUAAGCCAUUAUAAUUAAUGUUUCGCUUUACUUUAAUGUGUUGCACUAUGAGAUAGCCUGCUGAUUCUUAUAAGCACUUUCUAAGAUCUAUGAUGUAAUUAAAAUGAUAAAAGUUA